GUACUUUAGGCGUCGGACUACUGUACGUCGCGGUAUUUGAUUCCAGCGGUGCUCUUGCAAAAGCUGCAGUCACGUCGAGGGUCAUCCGUAUCCUCAUCAUUCGACUGCUCCAGGAAAGCCUUCAUUUCUGCCUUCUCCAGCUAUACCAUGAAACUCUUUCUUGACAAUUUCAUUGCGGAGGGCGGCCAAGGUGCGCAUCAUCGAGCUACGGCGCUCGUGCGGCAGAGAUUGCGGCUCACCAUUGACGCAGCAAGAGUAUAUCGUGCCCAUACCACGGACAGCACACAUAGCAGGGUGGUCGCUGUGAAGAAACUGCACACGACCAAGCAUGUCAGGAAUCCUGUGUUACGCCACGAGGCGUGUGUUAUGAUCGUCCUUCAAGGGCAUCCGGCUAUCCCCGAAGUGUAUGCAUGGGGACGUAGCCAGUACUUUGAGUAUUUGGCCCUCGAAGAGCUGGGUCAGGAUCUGACGACGCUGUCGCCACUCACGCUGCAUAACCUGGUCGUAUUGACUUGCCAACUGCUCGACGCGGUUCAGUUUAUACAUGCCCAUCACAUUGUCCACUGCGACAUAAAGCCGAGCAACGUUCUCUUUCAGCGGCAUCCCUCUGGCGUAGUCAAGCUCAUCGAUUUUGGCAUGGCGAAGCUCUAUCGUGAUCCUACGACACUUCAGCACCGACCGCAAACGUCGCUCAGGUGGAUGCAUGGCACGAAGGGCUUUGCAAGCAUCAACGUGCAUUAUCACAUUCGGCCCUCGCGUCGGGACGACAUUGAAUCCCUCUCGUAUACGGUGCUAAGCCUCCUGUGCGGCGGACUGCCCUGGCUGGAUCAUGACGCUGAGAAUGCCGACGUUGUGCGUCUGAAAGUCAUGUGGUCCGGCGCUGCGCUGGGGUACGGAUACCCACCUGUCUUUGGCGAAUUCCUCGACUACGCGCGCUCUCUCAGGUUCGAUCAAGAGCCGGCUUAUAAGGAGUGGAGAAAGCGGUUCAAAGCAGUGAUGUCUGAGAUCACUGAGCCACCGAGAUUCUCAGUAUCCGACACAAGGAAUCGUCUCCGACCGGCUACCUGGGCAUCCUUGGCACAUCACACACAUAUUCCUACUCCGCCGUCAAGUAUCGCCGAGGAUGCGGUGGGGGGAAGCAACGAUAUGUUCAGUCCCACGUCGCCUUGGUAUGGCCCUGUCAAUAUCCCAGACGAAGAUCUCGUCGGUGACGAGAAGAGACUGGUUUCCACGAGUCUUGGGCACAUCGACGAGGUACCCGGCAUGAAAAGAGCAUGCAUAUAUGUUUUUCUAGGAAAGGAUGAGCGGAUGGUCGCGGAAUGAGUUUUGUACUGUAUAUAGAGAUAGGCUCCUUUGGUGCUCCUCUUCUGUCGUUGUGUCAUAAUAACCUGCAGUUCAACCAUAUCCACCAUCGCCUCUGCUUCGGGUCUCAUACUAUGAGCACGCAGUUUCACUUGUCUACUAUACCUCUGCACCUUGACUGAUAUAAUAGCAUCUCAAAGCCAGCGAAUGCGAGGAGGAAGAGAAUCAUGGAAAUAAUAUUACGUGAAGUCGAU